AUGGAGACCUCUGGCUUCUCGCAAGAGCAGAUGGAAGUUCGUGAUGCCAUCUUCAAGAUAUGUUCCAACUUUACAGAUGACUACUGGCUCGAGCACGACCAACAGGAGACAUAUCCUCAUGAACUACAUGCUGCACUGGCNAAAGAUGGAUGGAUUGGCAUUGCAUUGCCAGAAUCUCUCGGAGGAGCAGGCUUGGGCAUAUCAGAAGCCACCAUGAUGCUACAGACCAUCUCAGAAUCCGGUGCUGGAAUGGUUGGUGCUCAGUCCAUCCAUGCGAAUGUGUAUGCUACGCAACCAGUCGCCAAAUUUGCUACAGAGGAACAACUCCAGCGAAUGCUUCCGAAACUAAUCAGUGGAGAAUGUCGAGCCUGUUUCGGUGUCACAGAGCCAAACACUGGUCUAGAAACCCUCAAACUUAAGACCACCGCCCUCAAAGACGGCGACUUCUACAAUGUGACUGGUCAGAAGAUCUGGAUCUCCUCUGCUCAGGUAGCGACGAAGAUGAUUCUUUUAGCACGCACAACGCCAAUCGAGGAAGUUACCAAGCCAUCAGAAGGCCUCUCUCUAUUCUUUAUUGACUUUGAUAAAACACAACCCGGCCUCGAACUGAAGAAGAUCCGCAAGAUGGGUGGACGAGCAGUUGAUGCAAAUGAAGUUUUCUUUGACAACUACCACAUUCCAGCCGACUCUCUUAUCGGGAAAGAAGGUCAAGGAUUCAAAAUCGUGCUGCAUGGUAUGAACGCCGAACGCUGCCUCCUAGCAGGCGAAGCACUAGGUCUGGGCUACGCAGCUCUACGCAAAGCCUCACAAUAUGCCAAAGAGCGAGUUGUAUUCGGUCGACCCAUCGGUGUGAAUCAAGGGAUUCAACAUCCUCUCGCUCAAGCAUACAUGCAUCUCGAAGCCGCAAAACUUUCCACCUACCAUGCAGCACGCCUUUAUGAUGCGUCCAAGACUGACCCAAGCAUAACUCAGCAUGCGAUUGGUGUUGCUUGUAACACGGCUAAGUAUCUAGCUGCCGAAGCAGCAUUCACGGCGUGUGAACGAGCGGUCUUGACACUGGGUGGUAUGGGCUAUGCAGCAGAGUAUCAUGUGGAAAGAUAUUUAAGAGAGUGUUUUGUACCAAGAAUUGCACCAGUCAGCAGGGAGAUGAUCAUGAAUUACGUGGCAGAGAAGGCUUUAGGACUACCACGGAGCUACUGA